UUUCUGUGUUCUCUUCCAGGGUAUGGUCAUGCUGCUCCUGGUACUGAUGCUGGAAAAGUCUUCUGCAUGUUCUAUGCAGUCCUUGGGAUUCCACUAACCCUGGUCAUGUUCCAAAGUCUGGGUGAACGCAUGAACACAUUUGUCAGGUUCUUAUUAAAGAAGCUUAAAAAAUGUUUUCACAUGAGGAAGACUGAGGUGUCAAUGGAAAAUAUGGUCAUGGUGGGCUUCCUGUCUUGCAUUGGUACACUUGGCAUUGGAGCAGCUGCCUUCUCCUAUUUUGAAGGAUGGACAUUUUUCCACUCUUAUUAUUACUGUUUUAUUACUCUUACAACCAUUGGAUUUGGAGACUUUGUUGCCCUCCAGAAGAAUGAGGCGUUGCAGAAGAAACCACCCUAUGUAGCAUUUAGCUUCAUGUAUAUUCUUGUGGGUCUGACUGUUAUAGGCGCUUUCCUUAACUUGGUAGUCCUCCGCUUUCUGACCAUGAACUCUGAAGAUGAAAGACGGGAUGCAGAAGAAAGGGCUUCCUUACGGAGAGCACAGAACACCAUCGGUCUUCAAUCAAAAAUGGAUGCCAGAAGUCGAAGCUCCAUUUUUCUUCCUAUAGGAGAUGCUACAAGCCAGAUGAACCUCAUACCUCUCAUGCAGGAUGACAAUGACCGGGGCAGACGAAGAUCUUCAAAUGCAACCUCUAGAGCUGGUUCAUUUUGCGCAUGUAUGUGUUACAGAUCCCCAUUCUGUAACAGUCCAUCCAUAUCUCAUCAUGAAGCACUGAGCUGCCACACAAACCCAGUUUACUACAACUCAAUCUCUUACAAAAUUGAUGAAAUUUCACUAAGCACUCGAGAUAACACUGGUUUCUCCUCGCCCAACAGCAUUUUUUCACCUGACAACCAGCAUUACACAGAUCAUUUCAGAGUGAGGAGAAAAUCUAUUUGA